GAACAGGCAGAAGGGGGGAAGGAAGCAGAAAGAAAGAGAGAGAGAAAAAGAGAGCGUCAUGCUACUGCAGCCAUGGACCUGCGUACGGAGCUCCUGAAGUCCAUCUGGUACGCCUUCACCGCGCUGGACGUGGAGAAGAGCGGGAAGGUGUCCAAGUCCCAGCUCAAGGUUCUGUCUCAUAACCUGUGCACAGUGCUGAGUAUCCCCCAUGACCCUGUGGCCCUUGAGGAACAUUUUCGGGAUGACGAUGAUGGCCCCGUCUCCAGCCAGGGCUACAUGCCCUACCUCAACAAGUACAUCCUGGACAAGGUUAAGGAGGGCUCUUUCCUGAAGGAGAACGUGGACGAGCUCUGCUGGACCCUUACCGCCAAGAAGAACUACCGCCCCGAGAAGAACGGCAGAACGCUGCCGGGCAAGGACGCCUUCCGCCUCUGGUGCCUCUUCAACUUCCUGUCGGAGGACAAGUAUCCGCUGGUCAUGGUUCCUGACGAGAUAGAUUAUUUAUUGAAGAAAGUCUGCAUGGCCAUGAGUGUGGAACUCAACUGCGUGGAGCUGGAGGACUUCAUUUCCAAGGAUUCUGUGCAGCAGCGUGGCUUCACCGUCUGGGUCUUCCUAGAACUGAUGAAUUCUGGGAAGCUGACAAGAGGCAUUGACGCGGACGUGGUCAGCAUGGCUAUUGAAGAGGUUUACCGGGAGAUCGUUGGAGAUGUACUCAAAGAGGGAUAUCUGUGGAAGAAGGGCCAGCUGCGCAGGAAUUGGGUGGAGCGCUGGUUCACCCUGCAGCCCGGCACGCUGGCCUACUUCACCAGCGAGGACCGGAAAGAGCGCAAGGGAAACAUCACACUCGACAGGAACUGCUGUGUGGAGGUGCUGCCAGACAGAGAUGGGAAAAGAUGCAUGUUCUGUUUGAAAACAUUGUCCAAGACCUAUGAGAUGAGUGCCUCAGACACGAAACAGAGGCAGGAGUGGACUGCAGCGGUGCAGACGGCGAUCCGGCUGGCGGUGGAGGGGAAGUCCUCCCUGCACAAAGACCUGAAGCUGAAGCGACGGGAGCAGCGGGAGCAGCGGGAGCAGCGGCAGGUGGCCAAGGAGGAGGAGCUGCAGCGCCUCCGCGCCCUGCAGGAGGAGAAGGAGAGGAAGCUGGCCGAGCUGGAGCUCCUGCGGGAGGCGCAGAAGCAGGCGCAGGUGCUCCUGGAGGAGGACGAGCAGAGGAGGCGCCAGCAGCACGAGCAGCUGCAGCAGGCCCUGGAGGAGCAGCUCAGGGAGGCCGAGGAGGCGCGGGCCAGCAUGCAGGCGGAGAUGGCGCUUAAGGAGGCGGAGGCGGAGCGACAGAAGAGGCGCAUUAAGGAGCUGGAGGAGAUGCAGCAGCGACUGGAGGAGGCGCUUUACCUGGAGAAGAAGGCUCGGCAGGACGAGGAGGCCUUCCGCUUCGCCCAGACCAGGGCUGCCCAGAGGAAGCUGCGCCAAGCCAGCACAAAUGUGAAGCACUGGAACGUGCAGAUGACCAGGCUCAUGCAUCCUAUUGGCCCAGGAGACAAGAGGUCGUCGGGCGGCAGCUCGUCCUUCUCCAGCUUCCGCAUCCCGACGCAGCGCGACCCGGCCCUGCGGCUCCUCCAGCCGUCCGAGGAGCGGGGCGAGGAGAGCAAGGAGAACGUGCAGGCUGGCGUGGGGGCGGAGCCCGAGCGCCGCCUCUCCCAGACCUCCAACGGGGACAUGGAGAUCCCCUGAGCCGCGGGGAGCCGCGCCCGGGCCCGCGCGGGGGAGGGGUCGCCGCCCUGCUUGCGUACGACGUUCGCGCUCAAACCCACACAAGAGAUGCACUUAAACGUCAGGGACAGUCACAGGAAAUAGCAACGGUGCAGCGUGUGGGGUUACAGUCUGCGAGGCCAUGUGAGGCCCAUGACGAACAUAAGAAGCUCCUCAAGCCAUUUCUGAGAAACAAGACACCUCUAGCCCUUACCAACGCUGAGCCUCAAAGUAACAAGUACGCACCUCUGUGGCUUUUAAUGGUACUAUGAUCUCUGAGUCUCUCAGUCGCCUCACUUCCUGUAUGUUUGUCCUUGGUGUCUCACUGUACAGGUUUAAAUGUCUCUUUUAGGAGACUGCAAUCUUUUCUCAACUAAACAGCGAACGGUCGACAAGGAACUCGCCAGUCAUACCUGAGUCUAACUGGAGGACCGUAAUUUUCCACGAGAUUUGAAAGUGUCAUCUUGAGUUCAGCGUUUGUUUAAAGCUUUUAUUGAUCUUCCAUAUGAAUAUGUUUAUUUUGUGCCUUAUAAUGUUGUUCAUAUUAUCCUAUGGUAUUGCUUUUUUAUUUUUUUCUGUCUCAUUGUCAGAUUCUAUGAAAAUGGCAGCAGUAAAGUUGACUUCAGUAUUCUUGCAGUUCUAAGGUGAAGGUUGAAAGCACACCAUUCAUCUUUCCUGCUGCAAUCUUAAAAAAAAAAAAAAAAAAAAAAAACAGGUUCAGGUGAAUACUUGCUCUGUAUUUUGCUUUGAAAAGACAUGCCUAGAAAAAAAAAUGGAAAACCUACAGAAUGUGAUUUUGUUUUUAAUAACUAAAAUAAAUGUGGCGUUAGAAUUGAGUGCAGUAUAUUCUGGUUCUUGUAGAAACUAUGAUGUAAUUGAGGGCCCCUGGAAAAUAACUGAUAAAGAUUAACAAAAAAAGUCUGUAUUAAAUAACACAUGUACAGUAUGCAACUAUAUUAUAAUUCUCAAUGGUGGAAAAUAUUCUAAUUUAAUAAUCAUUCAAUGGAAUCAUCCAAAUAAACACUUGUCAUAAAUAAUCAUAAAUCUAUAUAAAAUUGUCACAAAUAUUA